GGGAAUAUAUGUCCAGCACUGUGCGCUCCGCGCUACCACAGUCCACUAUGGAACGGAAAGGGGAUGACUGGCACAGGACCGAAGGAGAAAGAAGACACCACAAGUCCCAGGAUGACGGGUUACAGGAGCGAGAUGCUGUAUAUUCUGGAGAAGCCCCAGAUGCGAGGCGAGGAGGAGCGGCUUCGAACUUUUGAAAACUGGCAGAGGGACACACCAGUCACCGCGGGCAACCUGGCCAGAGCGGGAUUCUAUUUUCUGGGAACAGAAGAUAAGGUUCAGUGCUUCUGUUGCGGAGGGAUCCUGCGGUACUGGGUCCAUGGGGACAGUCCGAUCCUCGAACACAAGAGGCACUUCCCCACCUGUAGUUUCGUGCUGGGUAGAGCCGUUGGGAAUAUCCCGCUGUUUGUCGUUUCCAGGUCCCCUUCUGACUCCGUGGACGGCCAGCUGUUGAGCCAGCUCCAGAGGAUGACCGUGGACGACCAGGGAACGGCCGGGCAGGCUGUCUACCCUGAGAUGGAGUUAGAGGAAUCGCGGCUCACCACCUUCCACAACUGGCCCACGGGUGCUGCGGUCCAGCCCAAUGUUCUGGCGAGGGCAGGAUUCUUCUACACAGGCCACGGUGACAACGUAAAAUGCUUUCACUGUGACGGAGGGCUGAGGAACUGGGAACCUGGAGAUGACCCCUGGCAGGAGCAUGCCAAGUGGUUCCCACGAUGUGACUUCCUGAUCCAGACGAGAGGACGUGACUACGUCAGUACUAUCCAGGCUACCCACUUCCACAGAGAGACUGUGGGUGGAUCACAGACACCGGUGUCCCAAGAAAUUACUUCAGCAAAUGACGUGGUGGGUGGUCUGGGCACACCCUCAGUCAUGCUGUCUCCUGUGGUCCAGACCGUGCUCCAGAUGGGCUUUGAGGCUGGCCUGCUGGAGAGUCUGGUCCAGACCAAGUACCUGCUGACCGGCCAGCACUACACCUCCGUGUCUGGCCUGGUCACUGACGUACUGGCUGCUGAGGAGGAGGACAGGACCAGGGGGCUGCAGAGCAGAGUCCAGGAGCCGGUGGAGAGACAGGGUCCCAGUGCAGGAGGGGUCAGGACACAGACACCCAUCAGAGAAAAAGCAGUGGGAGACUCCACCCCUGAGGAGCUCCUACGUCAGCUGCAGGAGGAGCGGACAUGUAAGGUGUGUAUGGACAAACUGGUAUCCAUCGUCUUCAUCCCCUGUGGUCAUCUGGUGGUGUGUAGCGACUGUGCUGCCAGCCUGCGUCACUGCCCCAUCUGCAGAGCCACCAUCAGAGGCAGCGUCCGAGCAUUCAUGUCCUGAGAGUCACACUCAAGUACAAGACCCUUGUGCUUUUGUUUGCCUUUGACAAAUGAAGAGAGAUUCUACAACCCCUCGGGGCGGCUCAUCUUUCUAUAGGUGCUGUGAGAAUUUUGUGGAAAUGUCCCCUGGAUUUUAGAUGCCUGACAGAUCUGACCCAUUCUCCUAACUUCAAUACUGUUCAGCUGUUGAUUUGCCCUGCUCAAAAUAACCUCCAAAAUCAAAAUGGCUUCUUUUUGGCUGUAGUAGAAGUUGUUGAAUAUAUUUAUUUUGAUACAGUAAACACAUUUCCAAUAUCAUUAUUGGUGUUUACAGAGAUCAACUGGCAGAGCAAGAGUAUCAGUCCAACUGCACAUCAGAUUACAGUUAGUUUGUACAAAUACUAAAAAUAAUCCCUAAAUCAAAUUACCCAGAAUCGGUUUAUCAAAAGUACACAUCAUUUGGCCUCCCGAGUGGCGCAGCGGUCUUAGGCACUGCAUCGCAGUGCUUGAGUCGUCACUACAGACCCGGGUUCAACCCGGAGACCCAUGAGGUGGCGCACAGUUGGCCCAGCAUCGUACAUGCUGACAGUUGCCGGUUGUACGGCGUUUCCUCCGACACAUUGGUGCGGCUGGCUUCCGGGUUGGGCGAGCAGUGUGUCAAGAAGCAAUGCGGAAUGGCAGGGUCGUGUUUCGAUGGACGCAUGGCCCUCGACCUUUGCCUCUCCCGAGUCCGUACGGGAGUUGCAGCGAUGGGACAAGACUGUAACUAUCAAUUGGAUACCACCAACUUGGGGAGAAAAAGUACAACAUUUGUUUAUUAACAAACUGAUAUUUACACUAUUGAACACAGCACAGGUCUGGACAAAUAUGAUUACAUAAUUGAAGAAGACUACAGAGGAUACAAAAUAAAG